GCUUAAACUUGCCAAGUUUCAUUCUUUUGGUGUUGCUUGGUGCCAUCUUGUCUUUUGAGAACUGAAGUCAGCUAUAAAUAAUGGUAAAUACAAAAGGCUACAGAAGAGGUACCAGAUACCUAUUUUCUAGAAAGUUUAGAAAACAUGGUGUUGAACCAUUAUCUACAUUUCUAAAAGUAUAUAAAAGAGGUGACAUUGUUGAUAUAAAGGGAAAUGGAGCUUUCCAGAAAGGAAUGCCUCAUAAAUUUUAUCAUGGGAAAACUGGCAGAGUAUUUAAUGUUACGCCACAUGCUGUGGGUGUUAUUGUUAAUAAAAGAGUGAGAAAUCGAAUAAUCCCAAAAAGAAUUAAUGUGAGAGUCGAACAUAUCCAGCAUUCAAAAUGUCGUCAGGAUUUCAUUCAGAGAAUGAAGGAUAACGAACAGCGUAAGAAAGAAGCAAAGGAGAAGAAGAUUAGAGUUUCCCUUAAGAGACAGCCCGCUCAACCCAGAGGAGCUCACUUUGUUUCUACUAAGGAUAAUAAGCCACAGUUGUUAGAACCUAUUCCUUACGAAUUCAUUGCAUAAUGUAAUAAAUGAAAAUAAAAAAAAGUGAAAUUAAAUUUAAUUUCUGUAAAUUUA